UUAGCGAACUUUUGUAUCGUCUACACACAGCUGUUUGACAGUCUAUAAAUUUUUAUUAAUAAUUUUAUUAAAUACUACAGACAAAUAAAUUUUAAAAAGUUUUUCUUUAAAUAGACAAUAUAUUUUCAUUAAAAUAAAUAUUUCUCUUGUGUUUCUGUAAAAUAAUUAACUAAAAUGGUACGUGUUGUAGAAGAUGUUUUUGGAACAUCUAUAAAUCCAUUAACCAAACAAUUGGAACGAAUCAAACGUUUUACUCUGCAAAAUGACAUGGAAAUGAAAGUACAAGUUAUUACAUUGGGUGCCACCAUAACUAGUAUCCAAGUACCGGAUGCAAAUGGGCAUGUGGAUGACAUCGCACUGGGUUAUGAUGAUAUUGCAGGUUACCAAACUUCAAGUAAUCCAUAUUUUGGUGCAACUGUGGGUCGAGUUUGUAAUCGCAUUGCCAACGGUCGGUUUCCACUGAAGGGUCAAGAGAUACAUGUCUCUCGUAAUUUCAACAAUAAACAUCAAUUGCAUGGUGGUUUCAUUGGCUUCGACAAGGUCCAUUGGCAGGUGGAAGCUGUACACCAAGAUAGCAUAACACUCAAACACUAUUCAACGGAUGGUCAUGAAGGAUAUCCGGGCCAAGUAACCGCAACGGUGAAAUUCACAUUGACCGAGGACAAUUGUCUACACGUACAAAUGCAAGCUGAGACAACUAAAGUUACGGCUGUCAAUAUGACAAAUCAUACGUAUUUCAAUUUGGCCGGACAUAAUGCCGGCCAAGAAGCCAUAUUUGAACAUACAAUCAUGAUUAAAGCAGACAAAAUAACUGAAACUGAUGCAGAGUCCAUACCAACUGGUAAUUUUAAAAAUGUCGAAGGCACUUUAUACGAUUUGCGUACAAUGAAAAAUUUGGGGGAACAAAUAAAGAAACUUUUGCCUGCCACGAAUGGUUAUGAUGACAACUAUUGUGUUGAAAAGAACAGUGAUGACACAAGUGUCAGCUUAAUAGCCAAAGCUUAUCAUCCAAAAACCGGAAGAUGGUUAGAAAUUGCCAGUAACCAACCAGGCGUGCAGUUUUAUACAGCAAAUUAUAUGCCCGAUACAACAAAAGGAGAGAUGCCCAUUUAA